AUGGAGACGCAAAACGUCCGUUUCCUGCCAUUCAUUGAUAGCACCGAGUGUGACGAUUUUGUGAAUGUUGAGGAGCUUCUCACUGGCGACAACUAUCCAAGUUUUUUAGUCGGCUCCGACGUUAGUUUGACAAACUUUAACAUACUGGAGUCAGAUGAGGUAUUUUCCUGUGUGGAGGGACAUAUUUUGCACGCUGACAGUGACCAGAAAGAAAAAGCAGAAAGUGUUGCUGAGAAAUCGCCCUGGCAUGAGUCUGACAGUGGCGUCAGUGGCAUGUCGGAAACUCUUAGCUUCUUGGGCAGUCCACCAGAUUCUUAUUUAGCAGUUACAAAUGUAGGCAAGGAUUUCCAAGAAAAGAUAAUCAAAUGUGAAAGUGGUAAUAGUUUGUCUUCAGAGUUUGAGCCGCAGACAAGUGAUGAGCUUAUUGAGUAUUUGUUUGGUCAAAUGGGCAAUAAAUCCACGACUGCGCCGGAUAUCGCGAAGAAUGAUGAAAAUGCUACACCAUUAAGUUCAUCCGGGCGGCCAGUCCGCUUGAGUUCAAGAAAAAAAAUGUGGGAUGCCGACUUUACUUUGAUUGACAGUGAUGAUUCAGAUGAACCGAAACAAGAUCGCACAAAACCAGUGUCACGUGCUGCUAAACCCCUAAGCAACAAAAAUGAAGCGUCAGCACCAUUCAGUCGGGGGAAAGUAGUAAAUAUAGUCAAAGUUCUAAAGCCACAUUGUUCUGAUGCCACGGAUGAUGACAUAAUACAUGCUUUAGAUGAUAGAUCAAAGAAGAACGCCCAGCAGGCCAAACUGAACAGGGAAAAGAAGAAGGCUUACAUAAAAAGUUUGGAAAAUGAUCGAGAGCAUCUUCUGAAAGAAAACACUGAGUUAUCUUCGCAGUUAGAAGGCAUGACCAAAAAAAUGCAGAACCUCGAAGCUGAAGUUGAUUAUCUGAAGUCAGUGCUCGCAAAUUCUAGUGCAUUGUCCGGGCUUCUUAAAAAUAUCAGCAAUGUCAAGGAAGUAAAGCUGACCUCAUCUUUCAACAGCCGUAAGAGGGGAUAUGCUAAUGAUCACUCGUAUAAUCUCGUUGAUGGAAGAGGUGUGAAGAAGAUAAAAGAAGAUUCAACAAGAGCUGGUGUCUGCUUACAUGUCAACGAUGGUGCGGCAUCCCUUGAAUUUUGUGCGCAUUGUGCUUCACUGUCGCGCAGAACACACAGCUACAGUGACUUAUCGUGA